GACAAGAGCCCGAUGGCGAUGAGGACACGUCAACAAUUCGAAGGAACUGUCAGCAAAUUUAAUUCAGUUGUUUUAGAGUGAAAUGGUGAGAAGGAAGUUUUGAAUUUAAAUAAAGAUGGCAUGGACAGGAUUUACAGAUGAACAGCUAAAUGCUUUAAAACAGCAAAAUUCCAAUGAGGGAGGAAUGCCUGCCAGAGGUGGUCGAGGUCAGCACAACCAGAGGGGCAGGGGAAGAUCUGGAGUAAUCAGGGGUAGAGGAAGACCAGGGCCAUCCCAGGCUGUGCGCCAAACUCCUGUCAGUCCAGACCAAAUGCUCUCCAGACCAAAGCCACAGGGUAGCCGAGGGAAACCUGUCUCCUCUGCAGAGCACAGCGUCUGGAGUGAACUUAAUGAGCCAACCCAAAGACGACCUCCUCCAGCGAGAAGGAAAGCCCCUCCCCCACCUCAAGACAAGGCUGAAGACAGACAGAAUGAUGCGCCAAGGGGGAGAAGUGGUGGAUCAUAGACGGCUUGAGGAUGACAGCAAGAAGGAGUCCAUGGAAUCUCCCAAGGAAGAGGAGGCGGAGAAGGUCAAGAUUUUAGAUGAAGAGGAAGGACAUGAGAGAGAGAUUUCUAAACUUGAGGAGUUUCAGAAGAAGCAAAAAAAGAUGGAGGAAGAGAAUGCCAAGAAGAAAAACCUUUUGGCUAGAGCAAUAGCAGACAGAAAGAAGAAAACCCAGGCAGAAGCCAAGAGAUUGUUAUAUAUUCAGAAGGAACUAGCUAAGAUAGAAUCAUUACUAAGCAGUGAUGUUAGCAUACUCCGAGACAAGAUAGAGGAAGCAAGCAGAGAUUUCAAUGAUGCUCAGCGUCGUUAUCAAAAAGCUGAGGCAGAGUUCGUAGCAGCCAAGAUCCAUCUUCAUAAAGCUUCUGAAAUGAAGGAGGCCCUCACAGAACAUCUAUGCACCAUUAUCCACGAGAACGAACUCCGCAAAGCACGCAAGCUCGAAGAGCUUGUCAGCAAACUUGAAGUUGAAAAUCUUGACGAGUUUGAGAUUCCGGAUGAAACGCCGCCUACCUCACCAGUGCCAAUAACAGUCUCUCACCAGCAAGAGGUUACUAAUCACCCCUCAAAGGACAAUGGAACAGCCCAUAUAUCCAGCAAUAACUCAGGGAGCAUGUCCAAUCAACUGGAACAGUCCAUCGUUUCUUCAGGAAGUUCCUCUGACAAACUUGAUUCCCCAGCUGCACCUGACAUCACGACUCAUUCAAAAAGUGCUGAGCAAACUGAUGAAAAGGCAAAUGAAAAUUCUGAUAAACGUGAAGAGAAAAUUGACAAUGAAAUAAUUGUUUCAACAGUUUCUUGUGACCAAGGUGAUAAAAAUACAGUGACUAAAAUUGAAGGUGACUCUUCAAGUGACCAGCCAGAGGCAGAGCAGCAUGUAGAGAUUAGUGGAGAUCAGACAUGACCACUGUUAGUCUUAAUCCAGCUAAUCCACUUUGUAUGUUACCUACAAGGGGACUGUUUCAUAAAUGCUUUCAUAAGAUUAUGCAUGACUAUAAGUGAUUGGAAUAUGAAGAGCCAGAUUAUGAGCCAAAUGUUUUUUGUUGAUUUUUAACAUACAGUCAAACCUGUGUUAGUGGCCUUCUGUGUAUAGCAGCCACCUGCCUGUAAAGUGUCACAUUUUGUGUCACCUUUAUGUUUCUCACAUAAAUGUUUGUAUUCAAAUUGAUUGAGCCUUCAGCUUAGUUCUUUUUUUUGUAUUCCAGUCAUUCAUGAAAUUGCUUGUUACUUAAUGAACUCCUUCAUGGAACACCCCAGGGGGCCGUAAGUUAAGAGUGACUUUAAGUAUGACUAGUGAUCCUUUAUUGAGGUAAAUGAUAUUCACCGUUAAAUGUCCAUUGAUGAUUAUUUAGCAUGUAAGAAAGGUUCACCAGUUCUUAAACUCGCUCUCAACUUAUGAACAGCUUUAUGAAUCAUCCACCAGGUAGGGAGAUAUUACAACAUUUAACAGGGUGAAUAUCUAUUUUGAUAAUACAUUGAAGU